AGGCGAGAACCGGCCGGUUCGGGUUGCUUUGGGAACCGUAGAUGGGGUAGGGUGGAUCUCCGCGGGGACUCCGAGAGGAUGAGUGGCUGAGGGGCAUAAUGGGGGAGGCGGCCGUGGCCGCGGGGCCUUGCCCACUGCGCGAGGACAGCUUCACGCGUUUCUCGUCGCAGAGCAAUGUGUACGGGCUUGCUGGCGGCGGGAGGGGGCGCGGGGAGCUGCUGGCCGCCACCCUUAAAGGCAAGGUGCUCGGCUUUCGCUACCAAGACCUCCGACAGAAAAUCCGGCCAGUGGCCAAGGAGCUGCAGUUCAACUACAUCCCCGUGGAUGCCGAGAUCGUCUCCAUCGACACCUUCAACAAGUCACCCCCAAAGCGGGGUCUGGUCGUGGGGAUCACGUUCAUCAAGGACUCAGGGGACAAGGGCAGCCCCUUCCUUAACAUUUACUGCGACUAUGAGCCUGGCUCCGAGUACAACCUUGACUCCAUCGCCCAGAGCUGUCUGAACCUGGAGCUCCAGUUCACUCCUUUCCAGCUGUGCCACGCAGAGGUCCAGGUUGGGGAUCAAAUGGAGACCGUGUUCCUUCUGAGUGGGAAUGAUCCGGCCAUUCAUCUCUAUAAGGAGAACGAGGGGCUACAUCAGUUCGAGGAACAGCCUGUGGAAAACCUCUUCCCUGAGCUCACGAACCUGACCAGUAGUGUCCUCUGGCUUGAUGUCCACAACCUCCCCGGCACUUCCCGGCGCCUCUCCGCGCUCGGCUGUCAGAGUGGUUACGUCCGUGUCGCCCACGUGGACCAGCAGACUCGAGAGGUUUUGCAGACGUGGACAGUCCUGCAGGAUGGCCCCAUCUCCCGAGUGAUCGUGUUCAGCCUCUCGGCCCCUGAGGAGCCCAAGGGCAGGCCGCGACUGGAAGAGUACAGCGUGCUCGUGGCCAGCAUGUUGGAACCUGCAGUGGUGUACUGGGACCUGUUGAACCAAGGCCUCGAGGACCAACUCCUCCUGCCCAGCAGUGAUCAAUUUGACAGCGUCCUCUGUGGCCUGGUCACCGACGUGGACUUGGAUGGGCAGCCAGAAGUCCUGGUGGCCACCUACGGACAGGAGCUGCUCUGUUACAAGUACUGCGGCCCAGAGUCUGGGAGCCCUGAGGCUGAGCGUGGCUUCCGUCUGUUGUGGCAGCGGGGCUUCUCCAGCCCCCUGCUGGCCAUGGCUCACGUGGACCUGACCGGGGACGGGCUGCGGGAGCUUGCCGUGGUCUCCUUGAAGGGUGUGCACAUCCUGCAGCACAGCCUGAUCCAGGCCUCAGAGCUGGUCCUGGCCCGGCUUCGGCAUCAAGUGGAGCAGAAGAGGCGUCGGCCACAAGCGCUGGGGGAUAGGGUGGGGCCAGGGCCUGCUGAGACCCCAGCCUCCUGAGCACCCACCGCCUGCUCUUGCCAGGCCUGCGGCAGCACGUGGAAUACUCACUUCCAGCUAAUGGGGGGGGGGUGUAGGUGUUCGAAAGACGGACUGCCCCUUGCCCCUCACCCCCAGGACUGUGGAGCUGUGAGUUCCUGCCCUGGCGUUGCCCCAUGCACACUGAUCCCGGCUGACCCACUUCUCUCUCCUGCCUCAGUGUCCCUGUUUGAAAAUGGGGAUGACCCCCCUUGUCCCCUUCUUAGUGAGAACUGGUCGGUGUCAGUUACUUACACGCACGGAGGAACAAAGCUCUCAGUUGUCUUUG